AUGGCUGACUGCGUCGCUAUCGCCCCCGAGAUCAACUUCCGGCAGCAGAUCGCCGAGACGCUGCAGCAUGCCGCGCGCUCGAUGCCCCAGGCUGAGCAGGUUGCCACGCGCGAGAUGCUGUCGUCGUUCGACGCCGAGCUCAAGCAGGGAGACGACCAGAAGAUGAAGCAGGACAUGAUCAAGAAGGUCGUUGGAACGUUUGUCGACACGCAGGGCGCGCUCGAGGCCGCCAAGGAAGGCGAGAACGAGUCGUCUCACGUGCUCCUCAACUACACGCUUGCGCAGAACUUUGACACGAACGGAGAGGAGUACGCCGGUCUCGUCAAGAGCCUCGUUGACGCCGUCCGUGCCGGUGGCGAGAAGGCCGUUGCCGAUGGAAGGACGGCCAAGGCCGAGUCCGCCGCCCGCAUCCUCACCAACACUUACAACCUCCUCCCUGCCUCCUCCCCUCUCCGCCCUACCGUCCUCCUCGCCCUCGUCCAGCUUCUCGCCGCUUCGGACGACCUCGCUGCCCUCCCGAUGUCCGGCGUCUCCGCCGCCCUUGCCCAGUGGUCCGUGUCCGAGGCUGACAAGGUUGCCUUCCUUACGCAGGCUGCCGCCGUUUACGAGAAGGCCGGCAAGCUCGACUCUGCCCUCACGCUGACGCUCCUCGCCCUUGAGCGCGAUGUCAACGCCAAGACCGCCGAGCACGCUCUCGCCCUCGCCCUCGCUCAGAACGACCGCUUCGACCUCGACGACCUCCUCAAGGUCCAGGGUGUUCGGGAUGUUCUUACCGGCAAGGCUGCCGAGCUCGUUGCCCUGUUCACGAGCGUUGACGAGCUCGAGGCUGUCCAGAAGGCUGCGGAGUGGACGAAGGCGAACGGCGCUUUCGUUUCGGGCCUCGGUGUUGAAGGACUGGAUGCGGACGAGGUGCUGCGCAAGGUGCGCCUGAUCGCCAUCGCGACGCUGGCCGCGCGAAGCGCGAGCAAGACGAUCGCGUACGCAGACCUCACCUCUGCCCUUGGUGUUCCCGAGGACGAGGUUGAAGCGUGGGUCAUCGAUGCGAUCCGUGCCGGCCUCCUCGAGGCGCGCCUGUCCCAGCCCCUUUCGUCUGUCCGUGUCAUCUCCGUCUCCUCCCGCGCCACCCGCCGCUUCGGCUCUGAGGAGUGGCAGCUCCUCGAGCGCCGGCUUAAGGAGUGGAAGGCCGCCGUCGACGACGCCCUCACAACCGUCCACGAGGCCGGGGCCCUCGCCGCCCAGGGACCCAUCACCAACACCCGCCCCCGCCGCAGGCAAGAGCAGCCCGCCCAGACCGAGAACAACUAA